CAAGUUCAGUUAAAUAUUCAUUUCCUCACAUCUCACCGCAAACUAGAGGAGACUUUUUAACCCCUCCCCCUCCCUGUCCCCCUCCACCUGGAUCUCUGUCGUCGCUAACGGGAAGUGAGUGGACGUGCGCCUGGCUGGUAGAAAUGCUGCCUCCUCCGCCCUGCAGCGCCGUCUGCUUUCCCUUCCGUGCCCUUUGGCUAUGCAAGUUUCGCGGCUGAUCUGAAAGCGCAGUGACGCUGUAAUGCUGCGGCAGCAGCCCCUGUACGAGCUGUCUGGCUACCGGCAGCCGCCCUCCGCCUUGCUCUCCAAGCAAGUGCAUGACAGCAGGUCCCAGUUCGCCCCUCCUGAGCCGCUCCAGCAGGGAUCAGCAGCAGGUACUAAGCGCGGCGGCGGCGGCGGCGGCGGAAGCAAAGGCGACCCCAAGAGCGAGCAACAGCAGCUGCGGCGGAAGAUCAACAGCCGGGAGAGGAAGCGCAUGCAAGACCUCAACCUGGCCAUGGACGCCCUGCGGGAAGUGAUCCUGCCCUACUCGGCGGCCCACUGCCAAAGCUCCCCGGGCAGGAAACUCUCCAAGAUCGCCACUCUGCUCUUAGCCAGGAACUACAUCCUCUUGCUGGGCAGUUCUUUGCAAGAGCUCCGGCGCAUCAUAGGGGAGAUGAGCGGCUCCGGGCCCAGGCUGCUGCUGGCCGGCUUGCCCCUCUUCGCCGCCGCCGCCGCCCCGGGUCCGGUGCUCCUGACGCCGGGGACCUUGGCCCACCAUCACCAUCACCACCUGGACAACCUGCGGCCGGCCGGCAAAUACCUCUCCGUGUCCCUGGAGGAGCAGCAGUGUGGACAAGUCCACCUGCCCGGCGGGGCCAGCCUGUGCACCUGCGCCGUUUGCAAAUUCUCCCACUGCCUCCCCUCCGGCCUCAGUGUUGCUGCCGUGCAGGCGCAGUUCUCCAAGUGAUCGCCCCUGACCCGGGAGGGUCGAGGCCAGGAGGGAGGGGCGGGGAGAAGAAGAGAGGGAUCGCGCCACGUGUGCCGCACUGGCACGUGUGAACACCGGCCGCUCGGAAAAGGGAUGGCGGUGACAGGUUCCGCGACCAGAUUGUCGACUCUCAGGACUUCUGGAAAGAAGCUUGUCAUGCAGUUUCUUCCGGACCAGAUUUGAAAAUCAACAAGGGGGACGGAGGGAGACUUUCCUAGAGAAAACGUGAAUGAAAUGAAGCCGAUGCCAUUAAAAGUCCGCCUCCAAAUAUAUGGGCAUAACAUCAACCAAAGUCGAAUGCUAGGGUGGGUGUGCACACUUACCGGGAAGCAAGCCCCCAUCAAACGCAGUUGGAUCUUACACUCUUGUAUAAGAUCAGCCUGAGAGGCCACAGUGGUUUAGUGCUAAGUUUUUACAUUAAAUCAGUGGGACUUGGAAUGAGUUUAACUUUAGUAUUACCCCAUCACUUCACCGAAAUGCUGCUGCCACUUUCUUUAUACCCCUGUCUUCCGUUGCUGUUUAUGAUGUCCUGGGCAUCAAGUGACUCCCAAGGUUAUGUAGUUUAAAAUAUAUAUAUAUUGUAUAAUUUUUAAUCGCAAGUGAUGUUGAACUCUUGAGAAAUAUUGCAACUGUGCCUAUAAAGAGCUGUGUAGAUCAAUUCUACUUAUUUAGAAAUAAGUCCCACUAAUUUUAAUGGGACAUUCUUCCAAGUAAAUACCCCUAGAGUUGUAACUUCACUUUACUAAAAGAAGGUGGUGAAUUAGUAGUUUAACCCCAAGCAUGGACUCAGUGAACUCUCCAGUGAUGGACUUUCCAGAUACUUUUUCCUAAAGACUCAAAAUACUAAAAUAAAUGCUCCCAGUUUCAUUUGAAAUCUUCUGCGGAAAUUGUGUUACUACUGUUUUUAAGAUUUGAUCUAUUCUUUUUUUGUCUUGGAUGGAAGAAAAGUUUCAGAAAGCCACAGAAUUCAAAAGCAGAAUAUUACCAUAUGUCAUUAUUGAGAGGUGUUAUAGCUUCCUUACCACUGGGGACAAAAUAUUCUGGAAACCUUCUGAAUGUUUGAGUCUACAAUUGUUCCUGUGUAUGCUUAAGAAGGGAUGUAACAGGCAGCCUGUUAAGAUUUUUUUUUCCCCAGGGAAAAAACCAUUUAAGUUCUGUGGACAAAUGAAGCUGUAUAGUUGUGAAACAAUGUUCUAACGUUAUAAAUGCGCUGACAUUAUCUGAAAAAGUCCACUUUGUUUAUUCGAGAGAGAGAGAGAGAGAGAGAGAGAGAGAGAGAGAGAGAGAGAGAGAGAGGGGUUAGGCUUUACAGUUACAAAAACAAUGAGCCCCUUGGCAUCUUGAUAACCCCCACCCUUUUUUUGAAUAAACUUUCAUUGACGAGGGCCUGCUGCCAAAUGCAGAACACAUUGGUUACUUUUCAAAAUGCCACUAGACCUUUUUUCUUUUUUGCAGUUUUUCUUUUCAGUUUUUCAAUAAUUGUUUGAUUUUGAAAAGGAACCUACAAUUUGCACUUAUACAAUUAUAAUCAACACAAAUAAAUACUAAAAUAUUUACAUUUCUCUGCUCAUUUUAGCCAGUGACCAAAUAAUUAAUAUAUUGGUAACUAACAUAUUGGCAAUGUUGUUUUCUAAUAACUGAAGGGAUUAUACUAAUAACACUGGGAAAAUACUCUGAUUCUUAGAGCAGAACAAUCAUUGGCUUUAUACUGACAUUAAAGUCACCCCAGUCCCACAACACAAUUACCUUGAUCGAGUGGUGUUGUCUAAAUAGACUAAUCUGGAGUAAAAAUA